UCACCUAAAUAAUAGAUCUUGUUCAAACUUCAAACCACCUCAACAACAAUACAAAUGAUUUCGAACCCUAAAUCCACUUUUAUCAUCCACCAGAUUUAAAAGGCAUGGACAAAUUUAAAGGAAUCACCACAUUGUUCCUUUUCUGGUUCAUUAUAAUCUCCCAUGGAAUCACCUCAACUGUUGCAGAUGCAGCAGCACAAAACAAGGAUGAGAAGCCGCCAUCUGCUUCAGAGAUGAUUAGAGAGAUGUACUCUCUCAUAACAAAAUCCUCCAUAACUUAUUGGGACAGACUCAAAUCCCUGAUCAAUCAAGCUCAAACACAACUCUUCCCUCCAAAUUUAGAUUUUCGGGGCAGAGAUGGCACCGGAGGAAGGGUGAAAGACGCGGCAGAGAAGAGUUUAAAGACGAGCAAAGUGACGGUGGAAGAAUCUGCCAACUCGGCCGGGAAGGCGGUGGGAGAGGCCGUGCACAAGACAGCAGAGAAGGUAAAGGAGAGCAUGGCUGAUACAGAUGGUUCUCAUGCAGAGCUGUGAACAAAGUUAAUGGUCUGAUGUAAUGUGUGUAGUUUCAGGCAGUUUUGGAUUGUAAAACUGUAAUAAUAUGUACUUGUUUUUCUUUAAUGGAGCCUCAUGAACAUGUAUAAUCAAUAAUGCUAAAUGAUUUACCAAAAACAAAUCUGCAACUAUAACAAUUAUAGCCUUGGGAUGCAGUCCACUU